GAGAUCAGGGGCAGGGAGAUGGAGGGUCUUUUCUCGUCCUCUCUUGACGAUCACAUGAGAGCUUGGACCGGUACUGGGAGGGGGAUAAGAACCCCUCGAGCUGCCCUCUCUUGGAGCCGAACGAAGACAAGACACGAUUACCUACGACAAAGUUCCAGACUCUCACACAUACCUCACUGACCUAUUUUAAAACAUACCCCUCAUCACCUUCCAGACGUCAAUAUGUUCGGAUUCGGAGAGGCCAAGGAGCACCGUGACGCCGUCUACGAGGGCCGUCACGAGGGCAAGCUCAGCCACGAGAUCGUGGCAGGCGGCGCCGCCUUUGAGGCCAUGAAGCUGUUUGAGGACCGCCAGCGCAAGAACGGAGAGCCCGUCAAGCACGCGUUCGCCAAGGAGAUGCUCGUCGGUAUCGCCGGCGCCGAGGUCGACAAGCUGUUCGAGACCAAGGGUCUCGACUACAUUGACCGCGAGAAGGCUAAGCGGCACGCCGAGAAGCAGGCCGAGCACCUGUACGAGGAGCAGUACGGCGACAUGGACGAGUACAACCCUGAGCGCCGUGGACGUCACCACCACAUGGACUACUAGACGGGACGAUGAUGGUAUACCAAACGGCCGGCCGGAUACACACACACACACACACAGAUGUAUAGCAUGAUGAAAUGAAACUGUUUUCUCUUUGAUUCAUUAAACUGGUGAUUCGCAAAUAGGUAUCAAGGUGCUGUGAGUUACAAAAAGCCAUCGUUUCUCAUGGCUCUCUCGCUCUCUCUGUGUGUCUCUUAUUACCUCCCCAACCCCCCUUACCAUCUUCUCUUCUCCAUUUCCUUGCCUCUUCCUGGGACGAACAGCUAACUCACUGCUUCAAGUCGAUCGGCGUCGCACUCGACGCCGCGGUGCCCUUGACGUCAACCUCGCUGCCGCCGGCGGUAAUCUGCUCAAACAACCGCUCCCUCUCCUUCUGCAGCGCCGUUCGCGUGCUCUCCAGCCUCUCGCCGAGGCUCUUGAGCCGCCACGUCAGCUCCUGGUGGCGGGCCCGCGUCUCUUGCAGGAAGCGGCCCAGCACCUGGGCGCAGCGGUCGACAGAAGCGCGCGACCGCUUGAUCUCGUCGUGGAAGGCCAUAUCGGAGAAGAUGUUGUCGAAGAGCACGUCGCCCAUGAGGCUGCCGUGGUUGAUGCUCACGGCAGGCAGGUCGCCGACGUAGGGGGUCAUACGCUGGGCCUGCAUGACGAGCAUGCGGGCCUCCUGGGCGGCGCUCUCGGCGCGCUGCAGGGCGCUGCGCUCCAUCAUGUCCGACAUGGUGCCGCCGCCGAACAUGUCCAUGCGCGAGUGGCUCAGCGCGUCGUCCAUGUUGCGCAGGGAGUCGGCCAUGCGCCGCGCGGCGUCGGUGAGCAGGCGGAUGGCGUGCUGCUCGGCCUCGGCCUUGCCGCGGGCGUCGUGGUACUCGCGGCGGGCGUCCUCGGCCUCGCGCUCGCGGGCGUCCUCGUCCGGGUGAUUCGGGGUCGGGCCGGCGAAGAUGGAGUCGUAGAGCGAGUCGAGGGCGCACUGGGCCUUGUCGUGGCGGGUGGCCUCGGCCUCGAGCGACCGGGAGGCCUCGCGGGCGUCGUCGAGCUGGCGGCGCAGGUUGCCGUUGAUCUCCUUCUCGCGGUGCUCUUCCUGCAGCACGUCAAAGUACUCGCGCUCCUCGCGGGCGGCCUUCUCGUCGAACUUGUCGCGCUUGCCGACGGCCUUGUGGACGAAGCGGCGCAUGACGCUGUCGCGGUACUUUUCGUGGUCCUUGAGCUCCUUCUUGCGCCGGGCGUCGAGGGCGCGCACGUUCUUGUCCGACUGCUGGAGCUGGUGGUCCAGGUCGGCGAUGAGCCGGCGCUGCUGGGUGAGGUCGGGGAUGGCGUUGUCUGUGUCCGCGAGCACGGCGAGGAGCUCGCGGUUGCGGACGGCCGCCUGCCGGAUUUUGGUUUCGAGGUCCGAGGACAUGGCGGCAAUGUGGUGAUGUAGUGAUGUAGUGAGAUGAGAGUGACAGGUGUGAACUAUGUCUCUCUAGAAGUGAUAUUUCUUGAAGUUCCGUGCGUUAAAAGUUUUGCCAAGGUUGGACAAGGAUGAGGGUAUCGCGGGAUUCAAUAUUAAAUCGGCAGGACUUUGUGAUAAAAAGGGAUGAUUCAGGGGGGAGAGUUUUAGUAUAAAUGAUGCUUAUAAUCGUGACACAAC